UAAAAAGAUUUCUCCUAAAGAAAUAGACGUCAUAUUUCAAAUUUUUGAUAAAACAUUUGCCGAUGUAGCUGGCGCAGAUGAGACAUUUGUCAUUUGUUUACUUUUUGUAUCAUCUCAGAAAUUUUUAGUUAUGGGCGUUUUUAUUAAUUUUGUUGUGCAAUUAACCCUAUGUAGAUGUGUGAUGACAGCUCCCCUGGUUGUCAACACAUGGCCCUUUACGAAUGCGACCGAGACAGCCUGGCAGAUCCUGUCAGCAUCUGGCUCUGCUCUGGACGCUGUGGAGAUGGGCUGCACCACCUGCGAGAAGCUGCAGUGUGAUGGUACUGUGGGGUUCGGUGGUAGUCCAGACGAGAAUGGCGAGACAACACUUGAUGCCAUGAUAAUGGAUGGUGACACCCAAAACGUGGGCGCCGUGGGGUGUCUGCGGCGCGUGAAGAGCGCGGCGUCGGUGGCGCGUGCCGUGCUGGAGCACACGCGCCACACGCUGCUCGUGGGAGAGCUGGCCACGCAGUUCGCGCUCCAGCUGGGCUUCAAAGAGGAGACGCUCGAGACGGACCACUCGCGCCAGCUGCACCAGCAGUGGCGGGACAAUAACUGUCAGCCCAACUUCUGGAUGAACGUGAAGCCGGACCCAACGCAGAGCUGCGGACCGUACACUCGGGACUGGGCCGCCGUUGCUGCAGCGCAGGCGUCGACUCCUUCCUGGGCCAGCGCCAAGGCACAUGACACCAUCGGGAUGGUAGCUAUCGACAGCCGGGGAAAGAUGGCCGCCGGCACCAGUACGAACGGAGCCAUCCACAAGAUUCCCGGUCGCGUGGGCGACAGUCCGGUGCCGGGCGCCGGCGCCUACGUGGACGGCGCGGUCGGAGGCGCGGCCGCCACCGGUGACGGAGACGUCAUGAUGCGUUUCCUGCCGAGCUUUUUCGCCGUGGAGGCGAUGCGGAGUGGCGCCGAGCCGGCUGAAGCGUGCCGCUCGGCUCUGGCGCGGAUCGUGGCCCGCCACCCGGAGUUUGUAGGGGCCAUGGUGGCGCUGACGAAGGACGGAAGGCACGGCGCCGCCUGUCACGGUAUAGACAGCUUCCCGUACAGUGUGGCAGGAGGAGGAGACGGCGUGCGAGUAAUCAAUGUGAGCUGUGAAUGAGCUGUCUGAAGCAGCUGGCUGUGAUUAGGGGGAUCAGGUAGUCAACGAGGCAGAAAUUUGGAAUCAGGAGCCAGUCAAACGGGUUAUGUUAAAAUUGUGGAUUUGUGAUUUUGUAAUUGCGUUGUAAUAUGGAGCUAUGGGUGAAACUGAACCACAACCAUGACGUUUAUUUUUUAGCGUUUUCCUUGCCGAUGAGAGAUUUAUGUUCUCUCAAGCAACGAUUUUAUGCGAGAUUAAACUGGAACUACAUUGUUCAAUUUGGUGCGAUAUUUUGGUCAUUUAUUAUAUAGAAUAUUACAACGAAA